AUGUGGGAUCGUAGUCAUGACUACAUGAUAUUCAAAUAUUUUGAGAUUAAGAAACAACCAAUAAAACUCCAGAGGGUUGUUGAAUUGAGAUUCUGUCUACCUGAAGUACAUCAGAUACUCAUUUACUGUGAUGGUGCUUCUUUCGCAAAUCCAAGAGCAGCAGGUAUGGAAUUUGUAUGUAAAGGAGAGAAUGGAGAGUUUAUAUAUGCAGAAUCAAGAGGAUUGGGUACAACAACUAACUUCAUAGCUGAAAUAAUGGCAAUCAUUGGAGCAGCUGAACGGGCAGUGGAAAAUAACAGUUUUGAUAUAUGUAUUCAAUCUGAUUCAAAUGCAACAAUAACAGCUUACACAUCUGGGAAGAUUCCUUGCAUAGUUCAAGCAAGAUGGCAGAGAAUAAGGAUGCUAUUCAGGAGGAUUCAACUUGUUCAUAGUAUGAGGGAAAUAAAUUCUUCUGCAGAUGUUAUGGCCAGGAAAGGUGCAGGCCUGAGUAGGAGUUUCUGUCAGAAGUUUUCAACAAAACCAGGUUUUAUUACUUCUCUGGAAAUGCCUGAAAAAACCUAUUACAGAUUCUAUUGA